CUUUUUGACUGCUACUUCUACUACUACUUCUACUUCUACUACUACUACUACUACUACUACUACUACUACUACUACUACUACUACUACUACUACUACUACUACUACUACUUCUACGACUACUACAACAUACUCAGUACAUACCUCAUUUACAAUUAGUUUGUGCAAUACCCGAUAACAGUACAAGAUUCUAACAUCAAUCGUUCUUCAUCCAACCUAUUGUUACUACAAUCCGAGAAGUUUCAUCGCCAUACCAUAAAACUUUCACCUAUUCUACUCGUUUGGAUAAUUCGGAAUACAUAGUCUCCUUACCUACGUACCUAUUUUAAGUUCGAUCUUUAGAAGUACGGAGUAAUAGUCUAAGGAUAGACGGUUACGACAUUCGCGAUCAUACCUUGCAAUCCGAUUUCCUAUACAGAUCAGGCAAAGAAUAAAAAUAGACACGAAAGGAAGAGGACGAACAUCUACUCCGCGCUUUAUAUUAACCUUUGGAUUUCGCAUACAACUCCCAAUUCUUCCCUCCCUCUCUCUUUUCAACUCCUUCAUUCCAUUGGAAGAGGAAACCGUUGAACUUAUACAUUCGUACAACCUCAACCUCAUCCUCAUUCGUGCACCCAUCCAUACAUCCAUCCAUUCAUUCAUUCAUCCACCAAUCAAUCAAACCUUUUCGAACAUCAAACUUCAUUUCACCCUUCAUUUUCUUUCGAUGCAGACCCCCAACUUACAAAUCGAUACUAUCUUCGACUCCUGAACGAUUCACCCUCAUUUCCCUACCUGUACUCUGAAAAUUGGCAAGGAAUUUGGAAAGGAACCACAAUUACUAAAUUUGAAGAUCGUCAACGAGUCGAAAUCGAAUCCACAGCUAAUACAAAUUCCUCGAAUCAAAUUCAGUGGCAGAGGUAUCAAGGGAGGCCAACGGGGAUAUAAGAUUACGAUUGUGCAUCAAGCAUCUUCGCAUCUCACGUCCCAUCUCCCCAUCCACAUCCCUUCCCCUCCUAUCCGUUUCCCUACCAUCUUUUAAGUUCCAAAAGGAUUAAUCGCUUUGAUUGCGAACCAUCCUUCCUGAGACUUGAAAGUAUAAGGACCAAAGAAAAAACGUCACCACACGUACCUUUUAAGGGGGAAGAGGAAUUAUCACAUUCGAUUAUCAACACUGGUAUCCAAUCAAGCCUACAAUUCUCAAACAUAAAUUUUAGUGCUGGUUAACUGGUUGGGCCUCGGUCGCUAAGCAAAUUCACCGUUUCCUGACACGGACCAAAUCGAUCAGUCUGUUCCCCUUCUCUUAAUUAUUAUUAUUAUUAUUUUUCCAUUAGUUCCCUUUUCAUUCAAUUUACCCAUUCGUGCACGUGGUGGUUGCUUUAGUUAGAAGAGGGAGAGCCGGAAGAAACCACAAGACUCAAAUCAUCAAAAUCAUCCAAUCUCCAGAACCAGAGUCAUUACUUCAAGAAACCUCCUAAUCUCCUACAAACAAACAGAUCAGUCAUCUCCUUGUUCUCCCAAACUAAAAAACCUGUCAUACAUUGCGAACAUCCUUCCAAGAAGCAACGAGGAACGAGGAUUUUUACUUUCUACACCAAUACGAACGAGCUCAAAUUCCAAGGAAAACGGAUCAAAUCUCCUGAAUCCUUUAAUCAACCCAUCAUCGACUUAUUACGGUAAUUAAUUCUGGAAUUUGUGUCGUCAUCACAACUACCGUCACCAUGUCGUUAAGCUCUAUCCAACCAGAUUAUGAUGGUAAGUCCAAAUCAUUCUUGUAAUAUAUGCGCCGCGAGGCCUGCGACGACAAAAACUGCCAUCCCCACUUAUCAGCGGCUGGCUUGUAUCAAGUUGGACAUUCAGCGUUUCACUUUUGCUAUAUCCCUCCAUCAUCCUCAAGCAUGAAUCCUUGGGCUGACUUUUGAAUCUUGUUUUCCAAACAGGGAAUCGAUCGCCUGGCCUCUCAACCAACCUAUCAUCCAACAACCCCUUUAGGAAUCGAGCCGCGUCUCCAGCUAUGCCCUCUUCUACCCAACGUGCCCACCGAGAACCUCCUCCACGACCUUUAUCACGGAAUCCAUUUCUCGAUUCUCCAGUUACAAUCCAAACAUCAUCACCAGACAAAAUGGCAUUCUCUCGACCAAACCCAACUUCAUCAGGCCCAGCUCUGACGGGACACGCUGCGGAUUUAUUUGUACGUUUAUCCAAGAAUGCCAAUACCCUUCUCCUAAUGGCGUUGGAUGGGCGUGAAGUCUCCUGAACACAAGCAAGCAUGUUCACGAGGGUUCAGCCUACAACAAGCCUCCACAAAAACACAUCGCUAACAUCAAAUGUAGGACGAACUGACACUUGGAGAUAAACCUGUCCCGGACAGAAGCCAAAAACCCGGAUUGAUGCGCUCAAACACGUCCGCAAAUCAACCGCAGAUUGAAAACAUUCCACCUGGACGACCAUCAGGUCAUAGACCAAUGCGAUCCCAGGAAGAGACCAUGCGCGCGAGAAGACCAGCCGGGGAACCAUCCUCAAGCAAACCUCGCAAAGAAGAAGAGCUAGAUAUCUUUGCCGAUCCUAGCGACAGCCCAAAACGAAGAGCAAGACGUAACUCCGACACAUCUGUCAUGGACCGAAAGCCCAGAUUACUUGACCCAGAAGAUGAACGCAAACGCUUAGAGAAAGAAAAAAGACAUCGUGAUCGUAAGCGUGCGCAAGACAAGACCAAGAAGAAGGCACCUCUAGAUGUUAUUGAUCAAUUAGAUGCCACGAGCAUUUUUGGAAUUGGAGGUAGGUUAUUAUGAUCGAUCAUGGCAACCCUUACUAACAAACCAUGUUUAGCAUUCCAUCAUGAUGGACCAUUCGAUGCUUGCUUGCCAGGCCGUAAUCGAACAGGAAGUCGACGUGCACCAAUGCAAGCUUUUGCUAAGGAUUCAGCCAACAAUUCUCUUGGUGGUGGAGGACCUUUGAAUCAGAAACCUGACCAUGCAACAUUUAUGGGCAACAACGAUUCUGAAGCACAUCUCGAUUACUCCGGUGGAGGAGAUAAAGUCGACAAUUUCCAAACUUAUGGGCACCGCCCUGGCAUGCCCAGCCGCACAGAAUCUGCCAUCGAAAGUGCAACCAGCCGUGUUGAACCAGUCCAUGGUGAGGAGUCAAUGGGUCUUGGAACCUCUACUUUCCUUGAGGGUGCCCCAGCUUCUCGUGCAGCUGUUCAAAAGAACCAGAAUGAACAAUUCGGUAUGGACGGUGGCCUAGGUCGAAAGAAGUCAUUGGCACAGAAGAUUCGCGGCAUCAACGGCCGACGCGACUACGGACCUUCUGGAAGAAUGACUAGCCCAGAAGGCAUGUACACUUCAAUUUCUCCAGAUGGAUACACCCCUGGUGGAAGUAGAGCAAAUGAAGCAAACCCAUUCUUCAAUGAAUUUGGCAAGGGGGACGAUACUAUAAAAGAGGAAUUCGUCACAUUCGCUGAACUGCCACCGAGACCUGGCCGCUCUCGCGCUCCUUCUAACCCACCAGGAAUCGAAAGACGUGUUACUAGCGAUAGUAUGGGGGAAUCAUCCAGAGCGCCCGCAUCAAACGGUGGAUUCUUGUCCAGAGUCAAAAGUUUAAAGGGAGGGCCACGAAAGCCAAGGGUUGAAAAUAGACCAUUGCCAACACAAACAUCUCAGCUCCUCUAACUCCCUGGUCAAGCAAGGUCCUCACUUUCUCUCGACUACACUUGGAGAAUAAGGAUGAAAACUUUCGCGCCUGACUUAAUACUUAUCAAAUACCCAUACUCACCAGUUUUUAUUCUCUUUCUCACGCGUCGCUAUUCCUAACUGAGUGGUCUAUUACUCUUGCCUAAUAUACACGAGUUUGGAUAUGUGACUGUUCACAAGCUUUCGGGAAUUGACGUUUUCAUUGAUAUUUUCUACACUAAAACUUCUACUUUGACUCUACAAAACGAAGAAUCUUUCUUUUUGAAUUAUUUUCGAGUGGUCAAAUGGCCCACAAAUUGUUAUCUGAUUUUACAGGCGUAUGGGAGUACACAUGAAUCAGCCUGUAACUCGAGGGAUGUUGAAAGAGGGCGAGGAAGAUAAGAAGCUCUUUUUAAUUUCAGUGAGCUUUGCGGGCUGGAACGGCUCUUGGGCAGUGGGGGUUAGUAGCUGGGCUGGGAGGUUCUGGUCUCAAGAGGGUUGGGUAAAGAAUAAACAGCACCAAAGAAAGAUUUGAAUCGCGUAAAGUCGAGAAUAGGAGAAAUGUAGACUCGAUGGAUGGGAGUAUGGGGGGGAACAAGGGAUGCAGGGAGUCAAAUGGUUAUGGAGGAAACCUAGGUAGUAGAAGACAAUACGCAUACAUUCAAUGAGAUGAAUUGGUAAUUGGUAAUUUAAAAAGAAAGAUCUCGAGUUCAAUUCAUAGUUGUGCGA